UCCCGGUUACGCGCGGACGCGGCUUUCUCACCUCAUUCGUCCUCGCCCCUCCCCGUCCCUCUCCGCGUUUUGGUUCCUGGUUGGUGCUUCCUGGUCGCAGCGGCGGCAGUUUCUUCUGAACUUUCGAUUACAAAGACUUUAAGAGUACUGUGUAUGUUUAAGACAAUAUUAAGGCUUUGGGGACAGUUUAAUAUUGCUGUCAAGAGAAUCUGAGGGCGUUGAACUGAGGAGGAAUUCAACGUGAGGGUUGAUAGUUUGCAGAGAAUUGAGGUUCCUGACUUUCCAUGAUGUUUGGUGGCUAUGAGACUAUAGAAGCAUAUGAAGAUGAUCUUUAUCGUGAAGAAUCAUCUAGUGAACUAAGUGUUGAUAGUGAGGUGGAAUUUCAGCUCUACAGCCAAGUUCAUUAUGCCCAAGAUCUUGGUAAUGCUACCAUGGAGGAAGGACAUGAAGAAAAGAACUCUGGGAAUUCUGAAUUGAGUACUAAACCACAUGAGAACUUAAUUGUCCUUUCAGAUAGUGAGGUCAUCCAACUGUCAGAUGGGUCAGAUGUCAUCACUUUGUCUGAUGAAGAUAGUAUUUAUAGAUGUAAAAGAAAGAAUAUUAGAGUCCAAGCACAAAAAAAGACAAGAGCACCUCCUGCUUCUCUUUAUUCUGAUGAGUUGGCUGAUAAAAAAUGUGAAAGGAAAAUUGAGAAGCCUAAACCUGAAGAAAGAUCGGAUGUGAUCCAAGAGAUCAUGAUUAUAGAGGUCAGUUCAAGUGAAGAGGAAGAAAGCAUCAUUUCUGAAAGUGAAAAUGUGGAAAGCUGGAUGCUACUGGGGUGUGAAGUAGAUGAGAAAGAUGAUGAUAUCCUUCUCAACCUUGUGGGAUGUGAAAACUCUGUUACUGAAGGAGAAAAUGAUAUAAACUGGUUCAUCAGUGACAAAGAUGUUGAGGCCCAGAUAGGUAAUAACAGAUCGUCAGGAAGAUGGGCCCGCCGAUACUAUUCAGCCAACAAAAACGUUACCUGCAGAAAUUGUGAUAAAUGUGGCCAUUUGUCAAAAAAUUGCCCCUUACCGCAAAAAGUCCGUGCCUGCUGCCUCUGCUCUGAGAGAGGACACCUCCAGUAUGCCUGUCCAGCCCGCUUUUGCUUAGACUGUUCUUUGCCUAUGUCUUCCACUCACAGAUGUCUUGAAAGAUCUUCCUGGAGAAAACGAUGUGACCGAUGUGAAAUGAUAGGCCACUAUGCUGAUGCUUGCCCAGAAAUCUGGAGGCAGUAUCACCUAACGACCAAACCUGGACCACCCAAAAAGCCGAAGACCCCUUCUGGACAAUCAGCCUUAGUGUAUUGCUACAACUGUGCACAAAAAGGCCAUUAUGGACAUGAAUGUACAGAAAGGCGAAUGUUUAACCAGACAUUUCCAGCAUCUCCAUUCAUCUACUACUAUGAUGACAAAUAUGAAAUUCGAGAGAGAGAUCAGAGAAUGAAACGAAAAGUAAAAGAACUCCAGAAAAAUGGGGAUUUUCCAAGGCAGUUCAAGAGACCACAUAUGGAAGCAGCAGAUAAGAAACCCCAGCGUGACAUGAGGAAGAGCCAUGCCUCCCGGGAAAACAACAGGUGGCGUCAAGAAGAUAAAGAAGCUCAGAGAGAAAUGAUGAGCAGGAAUAGACACCCAGAGAAGCACAGAAAGCUUGACAGACGUUGGGGAGUGAAUGAGGACUUUACUAGGGGCCCCAGAACUCACUCUUCUCCCAUCAGUUUUAAAACCCAGAAGCCUCACAAGUCCUUUCACCACUCAUCACAUCACCACAAGCCAAGGGAAGACAAGCUUCCCAAAGAGGGCAAGCGGAGCAAGCAGAAGAAAAAGGAGAGAUAUGUGGAAGAUGAUGUUAAUGAUAAUUUAUUUCUCAUUAAGCAAAGGAAAAAAAAGUCUAAGCUGUGAUUUGGCUUAAUGUCUACAACAUUCUAGGAAUAUUUUUAUUACUUAUAAUUAAAUAAAGGGAAGUUUGGGGUUUUGAUUUUUUAUUGCAGCCAUACCUAGAGUGGGGAUCUCAAUUCUCUACAUCCAACAGGUUGUUAGGAAACAGAAAGAUAAACUUGAACCUUCUGCUGUAAUAUCAUUUUUACUCAGAAUCUUUGGGAUAGAAAAAAAAAUCAGUCUUUUCAAGAAAACCUUUUAAAUUUACUUGAAAAAAUAAAUGUUCAUGAAUGCAGUGUAUUUGCUAUGUGGGAAGAAAUUUAAAUCUUUGUAGAAGGAGAAAUUAUUACUAAUAAGAAAUUUAUCACUCACCAUUUUAUUUUAACAUGGAAAGGGACAAUGGCUGUAAAUCUAAAUCCAGCUUUUCUUGCUUCUAAAACUGUUGUCAGAGUCUUCCUUUGGAGUAAAUAUCACAAGCUGACUAUAAAAUGAAGGUAUCAUUAAAGCCAUGAGAGAAUUGGGCUAUUAACAAAGGAUAAAAAAAUCUUUCCAGUAUAAAUGUAUAAGACAGAUUUCCUGAAAUAUAUCAAAAAGUAUCAUCAAAAAUGUUAAUACGAUCACAUUGAAACAGUUCAUACCAUUUUUAUUGCCGUAUUUCAAGAAAACCAUCAUUCAGAUAUAUAGAGAAGGAUAUUACCCAAUUUAAAAAAUGGUUUUGUUUUGUGGAUUUUUUUAACUAUCACACAGAGAUACAGAAUUUUUUUAUAUUGUGAACUUUUUGUACUUCUCAGUGCCUCAUGUUAGAAUGAGAAAGAUAAAAUAUCUGAAACAGAAUGAAUAAAUUUGUUAUAUAAAAUGACAAUAAGAGUUUAGGUCUCACAGCACAUAGUUGUGUUGGAAAAAUGACUAAAUUUAUAAAAUCACCAUAAACUAGAAUCAGAAGUGCCCUUUUUGCCCAAUCAAAAGCUCUGUCAGAAUAAAAUGGUAUGGGAUCAAUUAAACAGAUUUUAUAAUGUUGGAUUCUUAUAUUUGUACUUUAUUCUUUGGGAAGUAUGCAAAUUGCUAUAUAGCUUGCUAGGAUCCACUCUCUUGAGAGGAAGGAGAAUUCUCUCCUCCCAUAUCAACCUUCAUAGAAUUUGUAGGUCAACAGUCUUUAGCCCACCAUCCCCCUUUUACAGUACAGCUUUAGCUAAAUUUAUUGCCUGUUGGUUUAUGGCUUCCUAACAUCAACUGAAGUUGUGUUGGCCCUAAAGUAAGCGACCAGAAUCUUGACACCCUGCUGAAAAUGACAGCCAUGAAAAACAGCUUCAUAGAAGUGUGGUAAGCCUUGAGAUGAUUGGCCUAAUUCCCCAGUAGGACCUGUGAUGAACAUGGCUUAUUGAUCUGAUGGAACUAGCACCCCUUCAGGUCUUGGAGCAUCUCUUCUCUGGCCAAAAGUAAGAUUACCAUUAUUUAUGUUCUUUCAUGCGUGAGCAAUUACUUAGAGAUGGGGAGAAAGGAUUUUUUUUCUUCUUAUUUUUCCCCAAAAUUUUCCUUCUUAGACAAACAUUUUGUUCUUACGCAUUAUUUUCCCAUCAAUUUCAUGAAUUUAUGUACAAAUAGGAAAGAAGGCUGAGCUGCUUCACCUGAGGACAUAAGGAUGCAUCCUGUUUCCUAAUGAGGCAAGAGCAGAAAUACAAAGGAACUUCUUUCUGGUCUGUUUCCUCUUACUUUCCCUUGCCCAUCCAGGCUCUUACACCACAGUGUUCAGUUAAAGUUAGUCAUUUACUUCAUUUAUUCACACACAAACUUUCCCUACAAGAAUAAGUUCAAAUCAUAUAGACUGGGGCCAGGGAUUUGGCUCAGUGGUUCCACUGACUGCCUCGCAAGUUCAAGGGCCCAAGUUCAAUCCCUGGUACCAAAAAAACGAAAGUAGAUUGAACAUUUAAUCACUUAAGACUUUUUAAUGGAAAAAUACAAGAGAAGAAAGGCAGAUCUCCAGAACAAGAAAUUUCUGUACAGUUGCAAGGAUUGAGAAGAUUUGAAGCAUCUUUUCUUCCUUUUUUUUUAGACAAGGUCUCAGUAUGUAGUCCAGGCUGUCUUUGAGCUCCC